AUGUCGACGGCAAGAUGGUCGCUUCGACUGCCUAGAACGCAGGUCGCCCGGUCGCUUCUUCGGGAGCCGUCGAACGCAACUUUCCGAUCUAGAAUAGCGAGAGUCCAGCAACGACGAUGGAUUCAGAAGCCGCCACCACGAUCGAGACCAUGGGCGAGCAUGCCAGGAAGAGAUGGCGAUGGGCAGGAUGGCAACAACGACCCAACAAGUCAAAGUGACAAGGGCCAGGACGAGCAGCAGCCCGGUCGAAAUACACAGCUCGCCGCAGCACUGGCACAAUCCGACUCUUCAGAUCUCGUCACCGAAGUGCGGAUCCCUGACGAUCCAAAUGGCGUCCUCCCGAAAGAUCACCCUGCGUUGGCUAUACUGGGAAACAGUAGCUUGGUUAUUCAAAGACAGAUUGAAUUCAUGAACAUCAUGAUAGGUUUUGAGCAAGCGAAUCGCUACAUCAUCAUGGACGGACAAGGGCAGACGUUGGGAUAUAUUGCGGAGAGGGACCAUGGAAUAGGUAGUGCCAUGGCGAGGCAGAUGUUCAAGACGCAUCGAUCGUUCACGACGCAUAUCUUUGAUCGCCAAGAGAAGGAAGUCUUGAGGAUACACAGACCUUUUGCGUACAUCAACAGUCGGAUCAGGAUCUACGAUCCGAUUCCGCCUGGUGGAUACACUGCCGUCGAAGAGUUUACUGCUUUGCAAGGGACAUCUUCGAGCUCUGUUGCCAAUCAGGGAGCUGUGGCUCAGGUGUCGCCGUUGGAGCUGGAUGAGAUGCGUAUCGUUGGUGAAGCUCAGCAGCAGUGGGCUCCCUUGCGUCGCAAGUACAACCUCUCCAGCUAUCGGCCGAUGGAAGUGCCUCGAGAUGCUGGCACGCCACGUAUUGAGUCUGGUGAGCAACCGACCUCUGACACCAAAGCCCUGACCGAAUCCAAGGCGCCGGACGCUGCUAUCGAAGCUGGCAUGAUUCAGUUCGCGCAUAUCAACGAACCUUUCCUCUCCUGGGAUUUCACUCUGAAAGGUGAAGAACAACGGGUCAUUGGGAGCGUAAACCGCAACUUUGGCGGCUUUGCGCGUGAGAUCUUCACUGAUACCGGUGUGUACGCACUCCGCAUGGACAGCGCUGCGCAAGCAUCGGCUCUGGAGAAUGCCCAGGGUGAAGAGGUCGCCCGCUACGAACGCGAAGCGACUGCGAUGACAAUGGAUCAGCGCGCGGUCAUGUUAGCUACAGCUGUUUCCAUUGACUUCGAUUACUUCUCUCGCCACUCGUCGCAUGUCGCUGGAGGAGGCUUCAUGCCCCUCUGGUGGCCAAUGGGCGGCGGUGCGGCAGAGGGAGGUGCUGUAGCAGGCGGAGCUGCAGCUGGCGAGGCUGGAGCUGUCGGAACCGCAGUCGGAGCAGCAGAAGGCGCAGGAGCCAUGGAAGGGGCCGCUGGCGCUGCUGGACGAGGCUUGGGAGGAGCCGCCGGCGCAGGCGAAGGAGCCAUGGCUGGAGCAGGCACAAUGGCAGGCUACGAGGCCAUGCAGAGAGGAGCUUACGGCCCUCGCGGAGGAGACGAUGCCAGCCCUACAAACAAUAAUGAGCCCUUCCCCGGCGCUGGAGGCCAAAGUCCCGAGCAAAGUGAAAACAGACCGGGAAGCGACGAUGUUUGGGGCGAAAAUGACGAUCCUUGGGGAGGAGGUGGACCAGGCGACGGGCCUCCGCCCAGCGCGGGUGGAGAAGGUGGCGGCGAAGGCGGCGGUUGGAUGGACACUAUUAGCGAGUUUUUCGGCGACUAA